AUGAAAAUAAAUGAAGUAAAUUCAAGAUUACUAGAACAAGACAAACUGAAUCAAAUGACAAUGCUUAAAAAUUUAGUUAUGCUGCAUUUUUAUUAUCCGGAGACAGCCGUCAAUGCUUUACCUCAUCCAACUGCUUUGAAACGCACAAACAAUUACUCUGCAAAACAUGCUCACACUGAAAUUAAUGGCCUUGAUGCCUGCUAUUUAAAAUAUCUAAACGUGUGUACUACACUGUAAACUGGUCUCGAAAACUGACUGCUCAUGCUGUAUUCCCUAACGUUUCAGAUGAAUUUUGUUUACUGGAAUAACUGGUUUACAGUCCUGAUUUGAAUUA